AUGUCCGGACUCACGAUUCCUUAUAUCCCUCUUUCCUCGUUCUCUGAGAGAUUCACCCUCGAGAGAAUCAGAAACGACGUGUCAUCUCUCCAAGGCACCGUUUCCAAACUCAAACCUCCCCAGGAGUUUUUUGACCACAGAAGACUUUCGAAACCUGCCAACUUCGGUGAGGUCCAGUCGAGAGUUGCCUACAAUUUGGGCUACUUCCAUGCCAACUACAUCUUGAUUGUUUCGAUAUUGAGCGUGUAUGCUCUUGUGACCAACUUACUAUUGCUUUUCGUGAUUGCACUUGUAGGAGGCGGUAUUUUUGGAAUUAGCAGAUUGAAUGGUCAGGAUUUGGUGUUGCCCGUUGGCCGUUUCACGACAUCGCAGUUGUACACUGCUUUAAUUGUGGUGGCUGUGCCAUUGGGUUUUUUGGCCAGUCCAAUCUCCACCAUGAUGUGGUUGAUUGGCUCCCUGGCAGUGUGUGUCUUGUCGCACGCUUCGUUCAUGGAGAAGCCUAUCGAGACAGUCUUUGAGGAAGAGGUUUAA